AUGUAUGACUUUCUAGAACUGUGGAAGACAGGUGGCUUCAAAGCAGUUUUGAAAGAACUUGUAGAUGUAAUAAGUACAGAUGAAGAAUACCAUGCUUACGAUGUACUCGGAUUGGAGCAAGGGACGGAGUUUGAGGAGGUUAGAAAGAGGUACAAAGAGUUAGCAGGGAAGUGGCAUCCAGACCACCACCUUGGAGAACAGAUGAAGAAGAAAGCUCAAGAAAAGUUCAUGAAGUACGAAACUGCCUACAAAGUCCUGGAGACUAUUAAUAAGAGAAAGAAGAAAUACUAA